GUUAAUUUUCUAAUUUAUUACAAGGGUUUUAUUUUCUGCAGAUUUUAUAUAUAGAUAUAUCUAUAUUAUAUGUACACUAGAUAAUCGUAUUUAAAAAUAAAGCACAAAUAAUAAGAUAUUAAACGUACCUGACAAAUGACAACAAAAAAAAAGUUAAAAUAAACGAAAUUGCGCCAUCAUGUGGGUGGUAUUGAAAACUUUUAUGACGUCUUAUAAUGGUGCUUCCGGUUAUGUAACAGACACUUUUAUAAGCAUACAAAGGCCAUUUAUUCUACUUAAACCUUUCUAAAGAGUACACGUAUUUUAAUACUUAAACUGUGUAUUCAAAUAUAUAAAUAAAUUAUAAAAUCACUUGAUUUAAGGAGCGAUUCCAGUUCAAUUCAUGCUACAGUUCAUCCUAAAUUUAUUCUCCACUUCAUUUCAAGCAUUUUAACUAAUAUUUAACCACCGAAAACUGGUCAUUUUUAGAUUGCACCAGUAUCAAAUUCUUUAUUACAGCAUAAGGCAUAAUAGAAAAUCGAAUAAAAUACAAUCAAUAAAUAAUUUAAUUGAAUGAACUAUAAUUAAAGUCUGUAUGAUAUCGAGGGACAGAACUUGUUUGUACAUUGACACCAGGCGUCCUCAUGUAAAUCCAGCAGAGGUCGUCUUCCUCUUGUACAUCACUCCUUAUAAUAACGCGCCUCAUCACCAGUUCGCCUGCAUGCGCUGGCUUUUUCCCCAAUCACAAGCACACGGUUUUCCGUCGCAGCAUCAUUGACAUAAUAGCGGGAUUAUAGGAUUGACGCUGCUGUAUUCCUGUGCAGUAUAUGCGUUUGAUGAAGCGCGAUGGAUAACCUGCUCCAGUAACGCGCGCGUGAUUGAUCUGGUGGUCACGGAUGCUUCUGAACGCGCUUUGCAGACGCAUCGCCUUAAAGUUUCAAUGCUGACAUAGAGCAGAAAAACAGUGGCGAGAAGACCUCAGACUAAGGAACUGGAAAGGAUAGAUCAAAUGUCUUUUUCGGGACCUUUCGGCCUAUUGCUGAAUUUAUCUCUAGCCAGAUGGCUCCAAGAAAUGCGCGUAACAAUUUCUACAUUUUGGGCUCCAGUAGGGGGGAUGGCAGCGCUGGGACCGAAGGCAUGUCGGAAUGGAUAGGCUCGUCCUUGUGCCGAAAACGUGUUGACUUGGACGGAGUGUGGACCAAGUGUCUGAUAUCUGUUGGAAUUACAUUGCUCCUGGUUCCGUCCAUAUUUGCCAUAGACGAUGAAGCAAGACUCGAGGCAUCAGGACAACCCCUCAGUCCUUCCCAGGAUCCAACCGGCGGCCCAAACAUCACAGUCUCUUUAUCGCUGCUGGAGGACGCAGACUUCUCUUCGCAGUACCAUUCUCCACCGGCGAGGGCAGAAAGCACAAGGGAGCAGCCUGUGUUCGCCUCAGUGCAGACCCUGCAGGUUGCAGAGACACAGCCUCAGGAGCUGGUGCAUUCUCUGCCCUCCCCACCCGGCAACAGUGACAAUCGCACCAAUCAAAAGUCCCCUGGGGAGCAGGCCAUCAGAGUGCCAAAUCCACCAUCCCCGGCACAUAAAAUCAACAGUGUCUUGACCACUAGCUCAGACGAGACUCUUAGUGAAUUCCCCCGAAACCCUGAUCUUCCCACCGCCCCGGGAUCCUCUUUCAUGACUGUGGCAGAGACAGAUGCUACACUCACUGACAAUGUGACAACUUCAGUCUCCUUUUCCGCUUUAAACGGCACUUUUCCAGAAAGGGCUGAAAACGCUUCAUCCGGCGCUUCAGCAAGCAGCAGCUCCCACACUGUGACCAGCGACAAUCUCCAUCUUACCACGGUGACCACCAUGGCUGUCACGCCCUUAACUGUGACAUCAAUGACUGUGACUCCGCCCACUGCCAUCGUCGUGGCGAAAGAGGUCACAACCACCAUACCGACCACUACAGCCACCCAGACCACAACAACGGAGACGGAACCACCGACGACAACCACCACUACCACCACCACCACUACAACCACAAAAGUAGCACCAACAACCACAAAAACACCCACAACCACUUUAGCAACCACAACAACGACAACCCCUCUUCAAACCACUGUUGUAUUUACCUCUGAAAGUACCACGACUGAACCUAGCACCGCUCCUACUGACAGUUUACCUUUGACCUGUAACGUGACCGAAAGAUUAUGGGUGAAAACAGUGUUGUCCAUCCAGAUGCGACGAAAUCGCCUAGAAGCUGGAAUGAGACAGAACCUGUCUAAAGGUUUCACGCAGACACUGCAGAGGGCAUUCAAUGACACCAACGUCCGUGUUCAGUUGGAAAAAGAUAUCUGCACGCCUUCGAAUGUGACUCUGGGGUACUACAUCUUGAGAGGGAAGUCCGUGUUGGUGGCCUCUGUUGUGAUGGACACAUUAGCUUCCUAUGGUUUUGACAAGCUCUUGAAUGACAUCAGAGAGUAUGUUCCUGUGGUGCUGGCCAUCCCCAAUCCUGUGGCCCCCUGGCUGCCCAGCCUCGGCAUCCACCUGCAGCUCAAAACGGUUCUCAGGUUUGUCGGACCAACAGAUAACAUCAAGUCUUGCGGGUUCAUCCAAAUGAUGGAGCAGCGGUUGGAAAAUGUGUUUGCUGAGGCGCAGGAGAAAGUGGAGGAUUCUUAUGGGACUCUUUCUGUUGAGAUUCUGAACACGUAUCAAACGGGGAAUUCGUUGGCAGUAUCUCUGGUGUAUGUGGUGUGGAACGGUAGCACUCCUUUAAACGGUACUGUGUCCAGCGGUCUCCUUAACCAGCUCACUGCCGAGCUGGUGGGCUACUUUCUCUUCUUCCCCCCUCUGAUCAUCGCUGAGCCUCUAGAGUACCACAACCUUAACACUUCAGUAGCAACUCGCGAUUACUGGGUAAUCACAGUAAUUCAGGACGUUGACAGCUCUUCUCUUGAGGGGAGUUAUCAGAGCUUUGCUAGUCUAAUGGAGCAGCGCCUGGCGGAGCUCUUUCUGGUUGCCAGUCGACGUGGCCUCCGCUUCAGGAGAGCUACGACUGUAGGUGAUUACACUGUCCAGAUGGUCAGCAUCCGAAGACUGUCUGGUCCUAAGAACCCAGCUGAAAUGACUUACUACACACAAGUAGAUGGCUCUCCCAUGACUGGCACUGCUGCAGCUAAGACCCUCAACAUGGUGGACUCUCAGACCAUGGCUCUCACUCUGGGCUACUUCGUCCAAGUUCAAGCAGAGCCGGUGGUGAAGAGUCUGCCUAGUAACCUCUGGACACUGGUGGUCCUGAUACCUGUAUCGCUGGUGAUGGUUGUGGUGGUUAUGGCGGUUGCCAUCAUAUGCAGGAGAAACCGAACUGUAUUCAAAACCAGCGCGUUUCGCAAUUUUCAUCCCCGCACCAAGACCUCGUAUCGAAGAGAUGGGAGUUAUCACCACCAGCCCGUGCAGGGUUUCGACUACGCCAAGCAGCACAUGGGCCAGCCAGGUGAGGAAACUCUCCCUGUCACCAAGGAACCACUUGUCCUGUCCCUCCCGGUACGGGACGCCCCUCUUACACAAGACAGGGUGGCGGUGUUACAAGAUGGUACAGCCUCAAAAAGACCUCAGUCAACAGAGAUGCAUCUCAGCAGGUUGCCAAGCGAGGACGGCUCAGUUUCGAGCAAUGAAUCUGGGAAACUGAACACGGGUAGAAGCUCCACAGCUCGGAGAUCAACGGCACAGAAAGCACCCAAAGAAGAGCAGCACACAAGAAAUGACCAUUAUGACUCUCUAACUGGCUCUCUACGCCUCAUCACCAUCAAGCCUAUGGCCGCCCCACUCAACUAUUCCUAUCCCGACUCCUCCAAUCACAGCCAAGACUCUGUCAUCAUGAACGGAGAGGUCAACAUUGGGCUGAAGCAGAAGUCGGACAUCGAGCAUUACCGGAAUAAGCUGAGGUUAAAAGCUAAAAGGAAAGGGUACAGUGACGGGCCGGUCACUGGUAGCAGUGGUCACAUGUACAGCCAUCGAGACCGGAUGAGGCGUGAGAAUGCUUCCCUGGACCUGGAAGAUCUGAGGGGGCCGAAGGAGGACAGGAAACCCUCCACUUACGUAAAGUACCGCAGGAGUGACUCCCACAGGGAACCUUCAUACUGGAGCAGGCAGUCUCUGAACACCCCGAGCCCUGUAGAGACAGAGAUGGACAUGCUGGUCAUGAGGGAGAGAUCUAGGAGGGGCAUCCCUAACAGCGGCUACGAUGGUGAGCCCGAGCCAUUUGAAGAGACCGAUGUGGACCGUCUCCUGAGUUCCUUGGGUUUCGGCGGUGGUCACCAGGUCAAAGGUCACUCGGACUCGUCCACCUUGAGCUCGCAGCCCUCCAUCGAUGAAGUGAGGCAGCAGAUGCACCUCCUCUUGGACAACGCUUUUGGUUUGGCCUCUGCCGAGCCAAACCCGGGCAACCACCACCACCAUAACCACCUCCCUCACAGUCCGUACAACCCCAGCCACAGUAGCCCUUACCUGGAUGGAGUUACCAGCGCACCUGGGACGAUGAACCACCCCAACGGAGCUCUACAGCGCGGCUCCUCCUUUGGGCUGGAUUUCCACCAGUGUAGCCUCCCCAAACCAGGAUUCAGGUUUACCCAGCUGCCUGAUAUGGGUUUGGGUUCCCCGCCACCCCUCAUCCCUCCAAGAGGCGGAGCACCACUUGGAAAUUCGCUAAGAUGCUCCACACCAGACAUGAGUCUGAAGCCUCGUGCGUCUGAGACCUCAGAGAUGAGUCAGCACAAUGGCACCCCCUACCUGCCAAUCAACCGAGCUCCUUUCCCUGCGGUUACCGUCGACGAGUCUAUGACCAGCUACUCAGGAAACCCAAUGACAGCAGUAUAUGCCAUAUCCGCCAACCGCCCCGGCUACUCGGACUACUUCGUCCUGUCUCCAUCCUCCUCCUACCGGAGUCCGUCCUGGAUGUCCUACCCUCCAGAGCCAGAGGACCUUCCACAUCAGUGGAAUGACACGGUAAAGACCCAGUGUCACCUGGAGACCAUCUGCUGAACUGGAGUCCGUUCUGAUGUUGAGCAGACCCUGACAUUUACCAGGGGUUUGAACAACCUAAAAGAAUCCUCGUCUACUUUGAAAUUUCAGAUUCAGC